AUGAAUAAUUCUGCGGCAAAGGUUGGUGAAAUAUUUACAGAAGCUGGUGCAGCAUUUAAUAAAUUGGCAGAAAUGACGAUGAUGUUACACCCAAUGUCAGAACCUCAAACAAGUUCUCAGCCAAAAACCCCUGUAAAAAGAAAAGCCCAAGAAGAACGAUUGGGACCUUUGAGUAGUACUGGUUCAGGUCAGCUUACACUUAACAUGCUUAACUCUCAAGAAACAGAAAUGGAUGUAGAUACACUUGGUGGUGAUGUUAAAUUGGAAUUUGAAUCUAGCACAGAAGAAGUGACAACA